GACACACAUGACACAUACACAUACGGAUCCCCUUUCCGCUCCCGGCGACCGCUAGCCGCAGAGACUGACUCCACUGCCGGUUUCUCGGCGACGCACCCUAGCGCUAGCCAUGCCGCCCGAGCUCCCGUUCUCCUCUAUGAAUCCCGCGACCUCCGAAUCUCGACGUCGCGGCCGACAACCCACUCCACGGCCGAAGCCGCGCGCCGUGAUGCAAAGGCCGGCUUUUCAAUUGAGGAGCAGCGGGUCCGGUCCCGCGCGCGCGCGCGCGAUCAAGAAACCGACGGCAAGGACUGCCAAUGAGGCGGCGGAUGCUGGCGUAAGGUGGGCGGACGUGGCGGCGCCGCGCCCCUCCCACACCGACACGACAUCGUCGGGCGUUGAUGCCCGGCGCCGCAUCCUGCAGCCUCCGCGCCUGCCACGCUCCGGCACCGGCACGUACGUGGUUUGUAUCGUCGGCACACAGCAGAACAUGCCGUCGCCGUCCCCCAGCGCGGCCGCCGUGCGUGUCCACGUCUUACCCGCCUUCCAGUGGAGCGCCGCCCCCAUCACGACACCGUCUCCAUGUAUGAUGCCAUGAUGGCAUACCUCAGUUGCCUGUUACCUCUGCAGUGGUGUCUGCAGAGUUCUGAGCUGAUGAAGUGCUGUCAAAGGUUGAGCAGGUUGCAUACACUUCUCCAUCAGCAAAUCAUCUGACAGUUUUCAUUUGGUUCCAGGCUGACGCAUCCAACCCGACAGCAUCAACGCGCUCUCCAUUCCGACGGAACAGCGGUUGUGUGACAGGUUCUGGGAAGAACAGUAGCAGGGCAACAGUGUUGGGAUUCCAUGGAAACGAGCGAUGCGCCAACCCGUGUUAUUAUGGCUGUUGCAGUUACCACUCAUGUCAGCAGCAGAACUUCUACCAAGUAGCGGCAAAGCUCAAGGAAGGCCGCUAAAUCAAAUGGUAUCCCCUGAUCGUAGCACCCAGACUUUGCUAUUUGGCAUGCAAAAGCAGUCGAAAUUCACCGCAUCUAGGCGCUCUCUUGGAAGAAGAAAGCUCCGGUGCAGAGAGCUCAACUCAGCACCAAGGGAAAUGAGUCAAGGCGCGGUGCACUUGCUAUCGGUUCAGAAAUUGCAGAGAAAGCAUAUCUACUUGUGGCAUGUAGUUGCAACUCACAAGUGCAUCAUGCUAAUUGAUACAAGGUUGAUGAUCAUGGUGAGGCGUGGAACGGAGGGCAGCAAAUUUGGAAUACCACUGUAGGAAAUGUGUCACAUGGCGCAAAAGGCUUGUGGAAGAGCCCAGUGGUAACAUGAUCCACAUCGAG